AUACAUGCAGGCGCGUCCCGCGCUGUGCGAUAACAUUUGUUAGGCGGCGAAACGUGGUUACCCGAUACAGAUAAGUACACGUGUCAAUAUAGAAGAGCUGCGCUCAAAUUUCGCAUUGCGAAGUAACGUAAUCGUCGGCAACUUUUCUUCUCUAUCGGACAUGAACUGUAGUGCCGUUGUACCGUCUUGCUGGCGCCUUAUUUCGGUCUUCAUCGAACCCGCGCCCGAGGUACCGCGCAGCUUGCCGAAGAGGAGUGUCGUAUUUUAGGAGUGAAGUGGGUAUGAGCCUGUGUUCGGCAGACGAGGCGAGUGACAUCCUGGUGGAGUAUCCAGAAGGCAGGGUUCCUCGGGGGCCGCGGCGCCGGCUCCGACAUCAACCGGGCCUCCCGGACGCCGUGGACCUCAAGCCGGCGCGCCUUGUUGUUAGGGCUCCGGCGGGCCUAAGGCGGACGGUACCAUUGAGCCGUUAUGUCCAUUCCCUGAUGGACGGCGCGGAGACUCCUGGCUGGGCGGCCUCCAAGGUCAUGCUGGACAAUGAAGCUGAGCGUACCAGGAAAGCCCAACCUGAAAGAAGCGCGAGUCCCGACGCUACAAACCGAAAGAAAAGAGUGCAUGCAGAACCAACCUACCCACGAGAAUACCUGAACGUUUCAAAGGAUGAAUACGAUACCAAGGGGCAAGAGAAGAGUCAGCGGACGGUACCAUUGAGCCGUUAUGUCCAUUCCCUGAUGGACGGCGCGGAGACUCCUGGCUGGGCGGCCUCCAAGGUCAUGCUGGACAAUGAAGCUGAGCGUACCAGGAAAGCCCAACCUGAAAGAAGCGCGAGUCCCGACGCUACAAACCGAAAGAAAAGAGUGCAUGCAGAACCAACCUACCCACGAGAAUACCUGAACGUUUCAAAGGACGAAUACGAUACCAAGGGGCAAGAGAAGAGUCAGCGGACGGUACCAUUGAGCCGUUAUGUCCAUUCCCUGAUGGACGGCGCGGAGACUCCUGGCUGGGCGGCCUCCAAGGUCAUGCUGGACAAUGAAGCUGAGCGUACCAGGAAAGCCCAACCUGAAAGAAGCGCGAGUCCCGACGCUACAAACCGAAAGAAAAGAGUGCAUGCAGAACCAACCUACCCACGAGAAUACCUGAACGUUUCAAAGGACGAAUACGAUACCAAGGGGCAAGAGAAGAGUCAGCGGACGGUACCAUUGAGCCGUUAUGUCCAUUCCCUGAUGGACGGCGCGGAGACUCCUGGCUGGGCGGCCUCCAAGGUCAUGCUGGACAAUGAAGCUGAGCGUACCAGGAAAGCCCAACCUGAAAGAAGCGCGAGUCCCGACGCUACAAACCGAAAGAAAAGAGUGCAUGCAGAACCAACCUACCCACGAGAAUACCUGAACGUUUCAAAGGACGAAUACGAUACCAAGGGGCAAGAGAAGAGUCAGCGGACGGUACCAUUGAGCCGUUAUGUCCAUUCCCUGAUGGACGGCGCGGAGACUCCUGGCUGGGCGGCCUCCAAGGUCAUGCUGGACAAUGAAGCUGAGCGUACCAGGAAAGCCCAACCUGAAAGAAGCGCGAGUCCCGACGCUACAAACCGAAAGAAAAGAGUGCAUGCAGAACCAACCUACCCACGAGAAUACCUGAACGUUUCAAAGGACGAAUACGAUACCAAGGGGCAAGAGAAGAGUCAGCGGACGGUACCAUUGAGCCGUUAUGUCCAUUCCCUGAUGGACGGCGCGGAGACUCCUGGCUGGGCGGCCUCCAAGGUCAUGCUGGACAAUGAAGCUGAGCGUACCAGGAAAGCCCAACCUGAAAGAAGCGCGAGUCCCGACGCUACAAACCGAAAGAAAAUAGUGCAUGCAGAACCAACCUACCCACGAGAAUACCUGAACGUUUCAAAGGACGAAUACGAUACCAAGGGGCCAGAGAAGAGUCAGUGCAAAAGAUAUGCAGAUUAUGAGGACAAUGACAGCACCAGGAAAUUUGCGAUACACGAAGUAUUGUGGCCAAUGUUUGUUCAUCGAAAUAUGGUGUCUUGCUACUGGGACAUCGAAAACCUACCGGUUGUGGAUCCGAACUCUGGAGCCAUGCUGGGGCCAAACCAGCAAGGGGAAGUGCUCUUUCACACACCUCACGUUAUGGUCGGCUACGACAAAAAUCCGGAAGCAACCGCAAGCUUCACCACUAAUGACGGUUGGAUACGCACAGGUGACUUCGGUUACUACAACGAAGACGGAAGGCUGUUCAUACAAGGCCGCCUAAAGGCCACCAUAAUACCGACCAACAUAUGUACUGGACUUCCUGAAAUCGAGGAGUGCCUUGCAUUUGAUCCCAGCGUUGCCGAGGCCGCCGUCGUACCGGUUUCGGGCUCCUACGCUAAAGGAUUGCCUGCAGCCGUCGUUGUCACCGAAAGACGAGGAAAGUCGAGAUCUUGCAGAGGAGAUCAAGAACUUCGUCAGAGAAUGCCUGCCUGAUGCUCCUGACAUGGAUGGUGGUAUUUUCUUCAUUGACGCCAUUCCAAGGAGUGGGUUCGGGAAGAUCAAACGACGUCUCUUAUCUGAAAUUCU